AUGGACCUGAGCAAACUCGAGCAGCUAUUCGCUGACACUUUACAGGCGUCGCAGAGCGUGCGUCAAAAAGCCGAGGAAAACCUCAAGUACAUCUCGGCCACCCCAGGCUUCUUGGGCGCCUGCUUGGAUGUGAUUGGGACCUCGGAAAACCCGGCUUUGCGCCAGGCAGCUGCGGUGUAUUUUAAAAACCAAGUGGUCAGGUACUGGAACCACCCUCAGCAUCGCAUAGACGAAGGAGAGAAGCCUGUCAUCAAGGAUCGUAUCAUUCCAACCAUGCACAAGAUCGACCAUCAUCUGAGACAGCAAUUGGUGCCUGUAUUGCGGGUGUUGGUAAGUUUCGAGUUUCCUGCUCGCUGGCCCGACUUGCUUCAGCAGACUGCAGCGGCUUUGCAAAGACACGAUUCUCCUGUGUCGUUGUAUGUGGGUGUGUUGUGCUUUUCGGAGAUUACUCGUUACUACCGGUGGAUCAACAAUAGUGAAAGAGAAAAGCACUUGGACCCGAUGAUUGUCGAGGCUUUCCCACACUUGCUCAACGUGGGUAAUGCGCUUUUGGAGCUGGAACUCACGGAAGAGUAUGCAGAGAUCUUGAAGCUCAUUCUCAAGACUUACAAGUUCGUUACCUACUUUGACUUGCCGAAAGUGCUUCAGACACAAGAGAUGCUUGUUUCGUGGGGCCAAUUCCAUUGUGAUGUGAUCAAAAGGGCCCCGCCAGACUACGUCAAGACAUCGAAUCUCACAGAGAGGGAGAAGAACCAGUUGGAAAUCUCGAAGUGCUACAAGUGGUCGAUCGCCAACAUGGAACGAUUAUUUCGUCGCUACGGCACCCGUGACUUGUCUCUGAAGAUGAAGUAUGAAGGGUUUCGUACUCUUUUCACCGCUGAGUUCGUGCCUCACUUGAUGAAUAUUUAUUUGUCCUUAGUGGAACAAUGGUGUGCUGGCACAAGGUGGCUUCCUGGAACAGCAUUGUACCACCUUUUGGAGUUCUUGAGUCAUAGUGUCACUCAGAAGGAGUCUUGGGGAUACCUCAAGCCAUGCUUCGAGACUAUUGUAUCCCAUCUCAUAUACCCCUUGUUGUGCCCUAGCGACGAAACGCUAGAGUUGUUUGAAGAGGACCCCAAUGAGUAUAUCAGCUCUAAGCUUGAAAUUUACGAUGAAAAUGCUCCAGAUGUCGCUGCGUUAGGGUUAUUGGCAACGUUGGUCAGCAAACGCAAGAAAUCUACGUUGGAGCCAGUCAUGCAGUUUGCUUACUCAGAGCUCUCGUCUCUACAAGCACAAGAUGAGACCUUGGAAGUGGCGAAGAAGAAGGAAGGCGCAUUUCGUCUUAUUGGCGGCAUCUCCCAUAAUUUGACCAACGCAAAUCUGCCAUAUUUAUCUCAGAUGGAAAAUUUCAUGAAAACUUUGAUUUUACCCAGCAUUUCAUCAAAACACGAGUUUCUCAAGUGUCGUGCGCUAGAGGUUUGCUCUAAAUUUGAUGACUUGCCCUUUAAAGACCCUCAGACGUUCCAGGUAUUGUUCCAUGGUAUUCUCAAGCCAUUCACGUCAGACGCUACCGACGUACACCUUGCUGUGAUGUUGGAAAGUGCGCUAGCGAUUCAAGCGUUUAUGCAUAUCCCAAAAUUCAAAGAAACGUUAUCGCAGAUGAUUUUGCCAACAAUGUCCAAGUUGCUCGAGCUCACUAAGGAACUCGACAAUGAGGCCAUCUCCAUGGUAAUGCAAGAAUGUGUCGAAAAUUUCUCCGAACAAUUGCAACCAUUUGGCGUAGACUUGAUGCAAAAUCUAGUCAACCAGUUCAUGAGAUUGGCUGUGGAAGUGAACGAUGCUGCCAAUGUGGAUGUAGACGAUUUUGACGGAGACUAUAACGACUCUGCAGACAAGAUCAUGGCGGCGAUUGGUCUUUUGAACACCAUGAUCACAAUCUCGUUGUCAUUUGAAAAUUCCAAAGAGGUUUGCAUCCGCCUCGAGGAGACAUUUUCCCCUGUCAUCGAGUACGUUCUUACUAAUGAUUUGGAUGACUUCCUCGCGGAAGUUGGUGAACUUAUUGAGAACUCUAUCUUCCUUCUUCGCUCAGUGAGCCCCACUAUGUGGAGACAUUUUGUUCAUUUAGCGAGAUCCUUCGAUGAGGGUAUCGCUCUCAUGUACACUGAGGAGCUCUCACAAUGUUUGAGAAACUACAUGGUUUUCGGAUCCCAAGAUAUCGCAGAGAAUCCCGAGAUUGCAUCCAAGUUGCUUUCCAUCAUCAACGUGAUCGUCCUGGGUGACGAGGACGUGAGCUACAAUGACAUUGUGCUCGCCCUCGAAUUGGCACAGACCUUUGUCCUUUCCUUGCACGGAAACUCUGUCGUUUAUCUUCUGAAGUUGUUUGGCAUGAUGUUACCCGUCAUCGUUGGAGGGAAAGGCGACUCCCAGCACGUGAAGAAUAACGCCAUGACGGUUGGGAAAAUCAACUUCAUCGUUUCUUGUUUGAUUUAUGAUUCCACCUCUACGUUGGCCGCUUUGCAGCAAAACAACUACUUGAACACAUUCAUGGAGACUUGGUUUGCUCUUAUACCUCUUUUGAAGCGUGUUUACGACAUAAAGGUGCUGAUUCUUGGGUUGAUCAGCUUGACAAACAACAGCGAGGCCAUGCUGAGCAACCCAAGUCUCGGUCAGCAUAUUGGCUCUGGCUUGGCUAAGUUGUACACAACUUUACCGGGAGCCAUUAAGGCAUUUGAGAAGCAAAGAGUCGAGUUUAAUGAAGCAGACUUUCCAACAACCCAUGAUUUCAACAGAGAUUUUGAGGAAGGGGAAUUUGAGGAUUUGGAUGACGAAGACCAGCAUUUCGAAAACUCAAAGGACGCCAGCACCGACGAGUACCUUGAUUUCUUGAAGCAAGAAAACAAUAAGUUGACUCAAUCUGGCUUCACAGAAGAGGAUGAACCUGUCUACGAGGAUCCCUUAGCCACUACGCCUCUAGAUGCAAUCAAUCCGUUUGAUGCAUUUAAGGAAUUCUAUUCCACCCUUCAAUCUCAGAAUCCUCCGUUGCAUAGUAUGAUCUUCGACGGUCUAUCAGACCCGGAGAAGCACACUUUCCUCGAAAUCCUUCAAGUGCUUAAGUAA